AGCAGCUUCCUGGGCCGGAAGAUCUUUACCCUGGUGCGUCGCCUGGUCUAACAAGCCGAAUGGCGUACUUGGAGGAUAGGGUCAGCAGAUAUCUAAAGGGAGAGGAAAUAUCCCCGCGCAAACCUGCCGAAUACUGGGAAAGGAAACAAGGCACGAGAAAAGGACAGGGGGGCGAGAUAAAGGGGACGCAGGCCGUAGCAGACAGCGUCGAAGAUGGGAAGGCAAGUGGAAUGAAGAUGGAGGACACUACGAUAAGCAGCGCCGUUCCCAAAAACACAGUAACAAAAGCCCUCUCUCCUUCCCAAGCUCAGCAUCUGGUAGGCGCAUCUUUUUCCGGCUCCUCAUUACGCAACCAGGCGCAGCAAGAAGCAGCAUCUGUGUCUGUCGAAGAGGUUGUGCAGUCUGUUGCUGAGGGUUCGCAAGAAGUUUCGCACUCUGAGCUCUAUACAGGCGUUUCGAAUUCGCUUUCAAACUCGGCGCUUCAGGUUGGUGGUGGGCACUCCCUUUCCAGUUCGCAAUAUGCCUCGCUGGGCUCAGGUGGGAAUGCAUCUUAUGAGAACAGCUUGGCUUUCUGAGUUGGUAGGGAAUUGGAAACAGAGGGGUUUUGUGAGUGUCAAGACACAUAAGCUUCAGCUUUUUAAUGUUGAAGAUGAACUUGUCACUGAUAGGAAUUUCGACAAUUCCCCAUAGAUGCUCCUUUUCAUACCCUCUGGCUACAACCCCCUGUAGCGGACAACGCCUCAAACCAUUCGGGGUCUCCUGUUUCUGCUACGUCACAUCGCUUCGCUGACGGUGCGGAAACAUACCACACGAUGUCGGACGGCGGCUUCCAUAGUGGCACUGAAGGUAUAUAUCAGAGUGAGCUCGAUCUAGACCACCUGUCUGCGACCAGUGGCGACGCGCUCGCAUCUUUGGAGAAUUUUUCUGCGACGAGUGGACGAGGACAAGAGUACGCGGCUACGAGUAGUCGAGAGCAAACUACAGCUGCGCAGCAACAGGAUGGCAAUGCUCACGUUGCCCAUGAAGGCCAAUAUGCUGUUGACAUCCUUGCAAGUUCAGUAUUUCCAGUUCCUGAGGCACUACCUUCUCCUGCGAAUGCGGAUCUUCUUGGCGAUGGCAUCGAUGUAACUACGCAAAAUUUCACCAACAACCUAACCCCUUUGCUGGGAACAACUACAUCUUUUCAGCCACCACCACUAUUGGCAGUUGAGUCGGGUGAUAGUGUGCAAGUGCAACCUAUGUCGACUGUGCCUGUAUCUGUAGGCGAGCACCACCCUUCGCAUUCUUUUCCUGUUCAGCCAUCACCUUCAGCUAGCAGGGAAGACAUGGGAGCACCCGCUGGAGCUGCAGCGGAACAACAAGUAGAACCUCCUCGAACUCUAGCAGCAUCGUCUACCAGUUCAAGUUUUCCAGCUUUCAGCCCUACCGACGACCUUCUAGGAAGCACCAGACGGCUCACUGCGACAUCAAGACCCUACAACCAUCAGCAAGCUGGACGUGCGUCUUUGGAUACUCCGACUUCUCUGUCGAUAUCUGUAGAAGACUUCAAUAUUGCAGGUAGCGCAAAGAAGG